GGGGCGGAGGGGGCGAAGGAGGGGCUACUGGAAGGAAGACUGCAUGGCCAUGGCUGCAGCCACCCGCGCCCGUGUCGCGCACUUGCUGAGGCAACUGCAGCGAGCAGCAUGCCAGUGCCCAACUCAUUCUCAUACUUACUCCCAAGCUCCUGGAUUUGCACCUUCUGGGAAAACAACAGAUUAUGCCUUUGAGAUGGCCGUUUCAAAUAUUAGAUAUGGAGCAGGAGUUACAAAGGAAGUGGGAAUGGACCUACAAAACAUGGGUGCUAAAAAUGUUUGUUUGAUGACAGACAAGAACCUCUCCCAGCUCCCUCCCGUACAAAUGGUUAUGGACUCCCUAGUAAAGAAUGGCAUAAGUUUUAAGGUUUAUGAUAAUGUGAGGGUGGAACCAACAGAUAGAAGCUUCAUGGAAGCAAUUGAAUUUGUCAAAAGGGGAGCUUUUGAUGCCUUCGUUGCUGUGGGUGGAGGCUCCACCAUGGACACCUGCAAAGCCGCUAAUCUGUAUGCAUCCAGCCCUCACUCUGAUUUCCUAGACUAUGUCAAUGCCCCCAUUGGGAAGGGAAAGCCUGUGUCUGUGCCUCUUAAGCCUCUGAUUGCAGUCCCAACUACCUCAGGAACUGGGAGUGAAACUACAGGAGUUGCCAUCUUUGACUAUGAACACUUGAAAGUAAAAACUGGCAUUGCUUCCCGAGCCAUCAAGCCCACACUGGGACUGAUCGAUCCCCUGCACACCCUGCACAUGCCUGACCGGGUGGUUGCCAACAGCGGCUUCGAUGUGCUUUGCCAUGCCCUGGAGUCCUACACUGCCCUCCCCUACCACAUGCGGAGCCCUUGCCCUUCAAAUCCUAUCACCCGGCCAGCAUACCAGGGCAGCAACCCAAUCAGUGACAUCUGGGCCGUCCACGCACUACGGAUCGUCGCUAAGUAUCUGAAAAGGGCUGUCAGAAAUCCUGACGAUCUUGAAGCAAGGUCUAAUAUGCACUUGGCAAGUGCUUUUGCUGGCAUUGGCUUUGGAAAUGCUGGUGUUCAUCUGUGCCAUGGAAUGUCUUACCCAAUUUCAGGCUUAGUGAAGACAUAUAAAGCAAAGGAUUAUAAUGUGGAUCACCCACUGGUGCCUCAUGGCCUUUCUGUGGUACUCACCUCCCCAGCGGUAUUCACUUUCACAGCACAGAUGUCUCCUGAACGGCACCUGGAAACGGCAGAGAUAUUGGGAGCUGACACCCGCACUGCCAGGAUCCCAGAUGCUGGGCCUAUUUUGGCAGACACACUCCGGAAAUUCUUAUUCGAUCUGGAUGUUGAUGAUGGCCUAGCUGCCAUUGGUUACUCCAAGGCCGAUAUCCCUGCAUUAGUGAAAGGAACGCUGCCCCAGGAAAGGGUCACCAAGCUUGCACCACGCCCUCAGUCAGAAGAGGAUCUGUCUGCUCUGUUUGAAGCUUCAAUGAAACUAUAUUAAUUUUCAUUCUCACUGAAAGAAUUACCACUGGCCAUCACAGUCCUAACAAUAGAAGCCAAGCUAGCCAGAACGGUCUUUUCAACUCCACAUAAAACAUACCUGUUGCCAGUCUGGAUGUGAUACAAACUUAUCCUGCAAAAGAUUCCCUGUGCUCAAAGUCAAGCUACUUCCAUAAAACGGUGGGAAAAUGAUCACUAUGUCGGGCCUUGGGCUAGACUUUAAGGAUCCAUGUUCCUGCCCCAAACCCCACAGAUUGCCACUGCUCUAUUUACCAAGUGGGCAAAAACUCAGUAUCUAUCAAAAACAUAAAUGUACAUGUCCUAUGCCCAGUAACCCCAGUCUAGAAAUUUAUCCUCUAGAAAUACUAGCACAAGCAUGUUAAGAAGUAGGUCAAGGAUGUUUCUGGCAGCACAUUUCCUAAUAAAAAAUAUGAAAGAACCUUAAUAGUAUAGAGAUAAAUCACAGUAUAUUAAAUAAUGGAAUGCUAUAGUGCUAUCAGUAAGAAUGAGAUAAAUCUAUUGGAAAAAUGCCUGUGAUAUACCACUAAACUGGAAAAAAGCAGAACAAUUAUAUCUUUGCAUGGUCUGACUUUUACUCACUAAAUUAUAUAUAAAUAUAUGUCUAGAGAGACAGAAAAGGAGACAUGUCAAAAUAUUAAAAAUUAUCACUGGAGAAAUGGAAUUUGGGGUACAGAGAAUUGAAAAAAUAGUCACUUUGUUUUGUACUUCCUGUUUUUAUUUCAUCAACUUCUAUAUUGUUUGGCUAUGUUACAACAGGCACAUUUUCUGAUUUUAAAGAAAUAAAGGGGCAGCAGAACAGAAAAAUUAUACCUCAUUGUUUUAGGUCAGAUUCAUCUUAAUUUAUAAAAGUACUAGUAACUAAUAUUUAAGGAUUAAAACAGACCCAAAGAGGUAAAAUAUUAAAGACUGAUCCUCAAAUAAAUUGUUCCUUUGAGAAAAACACUAACAUCCUACAUGGUAAUUCCCUCUUUGAAAAGAUAUGUUUGGUGCUCAGAAUAAAUUAAUUCAAAAGCAAGCAGUGUUGCAGUUUAUAGACUUCAGCCUUGCAAGUAGAAUCUAAGGAUGGUCGUCUGCCUGCUAUCCCCAGCCUCCAGAAACUUCUACAGCUCAUUUCUCCUCAUAAAGGUUCCUACACUGAUGUUUUUUGCCUGCACCAGCUUUGGCAAUCUGGAUCUCGGUGUACUUGGGAUUUAGUCAUGUUUUAAACUGAAUUAAAGUUUUAAUCGAAUAAGUUAUGUAUAUAUAAUAACAUCAGGACUUUUAAAAAUGCAAGAGAAGUGCAUUACUUGCCUUCAGCCUGGCCAGGCCCACUUUAUCUGUAUAAAGUUAUUUCCUUAAGAUCUUUUAAAUAACACUGAGAUAAUGUUGAUAGGUUUCUCUAACUAGAAACAUAAAAUAUGGUCAGUACCAAAAACUGGUAAUACAGAUAUAAACACAAAAAGAAAGUAUUUGUUCAUAUUGUACCAUCCAGAAGACAGCCACUGUUAAAAAUUUGGUUUAUGUUUAUUAUAUGCAUGAAUGUAUUUUUGACUUAGAAAUGAUAUUAUUAGGGUAUAGUUUUAAUUCCUACAGAACACUCAAAUCAUUUAUACCAAGUGGCCAAAAGGCAAGCAUAGGACAGUACCAACAGAAUUUCAGUUAUACCUUGCAGACCAUAACUAGCUAAAAUUCCCUCCAGCGUUUCAUGAGUAUCAUGGGUUUUGAAGGCAGAAGCUGUGUGACUGAAAGUACAGCUAAACUCUCUGGUCAUCUGAGAUCCUUCAGGAAACUUGAGUAAAAGUUGUUAAGGUCUCAAAACAGCUUUGGCCCAGCAAAAACAUGUAUGCGUCUCUCCAUCAACCCACCCUCCCAAAAAAGUCCAGUCAAGAUCUAGAACCCUUACAUUCUACAAGGUGAUCACUAGAAUGACAUUAGGUUAGGGGUCAAGGGCUGUGGGCUCCACUCUAGUCCCUUGGUCUGUCUUGAGUUUUACUCAAGAGACCAAGGCCUCUUCCAGCUUGAAGAUGCUAUGCCUAGAUUUUAUGUAUCCCAUAGUCCUUACUGUGUGAUUUUGAGUUUGGGAAAUGUAAAAUAAUUUGAGACACAAAGAUGCAUUCUCGAUCUCAAAUGUUCGAUGCCUUUACUACCAGUAGCCAGAUGUCUAAAUGUGACUCACCAGGAGGAGUGUUUGGUAUUCAUACCGAUGAUGACUCUGUAGAGGAAGGAUUUAAAGGUCAGGCAUGAAGAAACAGAUUUAGGAAGACUUCAUGUUUUCUAUCUUAAUACCCAUCAUGUUGGUCCUUACAAUUUCAGAAUAUGGAAAAGAGGUGCUUCUUGACUAACCAGCUAUUAAAAGAGUGUGAGAGAAGAAAUUCAGCCCAUUUCUUUAAACCAAACACUUUGAUAUUUCUGAGACAACAAAUAUAUUUUUCUAAGUCAAAUCCUAGUUCUUAUUACCGUUAAAAGAUGAAAAAGUACUUAGGGGUUAUAGCUCCAUUUGUAUGGAUUAAUUUAUUUGCUACGGCAAGAAAAAUUAGAAUAAUAUUCAAAAGUGUAUAAUAUCACUUUCACAAAAAUACAUUUGGUGGAAUUUUCACUUAAAAUACAUGUGUAUCCCUAACUUGUUUUAUGAUAUAGAAUACUGAUUUGUUUCAAGCACAUCAAGUUUAUGAUUUUUGUCAAGUGCCACAAUAAACAGCCUAUUCGUUU